CUGGACUCUCAAAAGCGGAUCCGGAACAGCCUGAGCGUGUGCUCUGUCCACCCCCGAGCCCGAUCCCUUGGUGUUUCCGCGGGGACGGAAUAGACGGUUGCCAACCACCCCCCCAACCCAUUGGCACGAAGAUGAAGAUCAAGCGGCAGAAAACCGCCAAGAAGCUCCUGGCCUUUUACAAAUACAGUUACGGUUUCCGAGAGCCCUUCCAGAUCCUCCUGGACGGGACGUCGUUCUGGCAGGCGGCUCUGAAAAACAAAAUCCAGAUCAAGGAGCAGAUGCCCAAGUACCUGAUUGGGGGAGUCUCUCUCUCCGUCUCCAGCUGCGUCCUGAAGGAACUGCAGUCUCUUGGGAAGGAAUUGUACGGGGCCAAGUUGAUCGCUCAGCGGUUCCAAGUGAGAAGUUGCCCACACGCGAAAAGCGCAGUGAGUGCCUCCACCUGCCUCCUGUCGAUGGUUGGAAACAACAAUCCCCAUCACUACUUUGUGGCCACACAGGAUCAAGAGUUGACUGUGAAAAUUAAGAAGUUGUCAGGAGUUCCUCUGAUGUACAUUAUCCAAAAUACUAUGGUCCUGGAGAAACCUUCUCUCAAAUCAAGUGCACAAGUACGUUCGUUGCAUGAUAAUCAAUUUGUCCCCAUACAUCAGCAACAAACUAUACAGCAUUUGAAAGAAGAGCAUGGCCUUGUGAAGGAAUCUGAACCCAGGAUAAAAAAACGCAAAAGGAAAGGGGGCCCUAAUCCUCUUAGUUGUUUGAAAAAGAAGGUCAAACCAGCACCACAACAAAAUAAAGAGAAAAAACGAAGGCGAUCAAGAAAGAAAAGAAGAAUAGAUAUAUUGUGUCAAAGCUGAAGUUACUAUGCAGAGGUGUAAACAGGGCAUUUGUAAGAUCAUGGACCAAAGUGCAAAGCUAUGUAGUUUUUUCACUUAACACUUAGUGCUCUUGACUCUAUUGCAAUCUAAUUGUUCCAAAAUUUGCUUAAAGUAAUCUGGAAGGUAUUUUGCAGAAAAAGCUAUAAAUGGAGUUUGAAUAUUUAUAAUUGUAUAAAAUAUGUUGUUUCUAAAUGCUGAUGGUGUGUUUUUAACAAUAACAUGACAAAUUAGAACAGGACUCGAUGGGGUAUUGCCUGUUGAGCUUGCUCCAGCAUUUAGUUAGUUGUGCCUGAUCUAUAGCCCCAAAGUCAGCUUCCUACUCUCUGCCCCUGUCUCUUGAUUCCCAAUGAGAUCAUCUCAGCCUUAAAUAUAUUCAGUGACAAAGUAUAAACAGCCUGGAGUAGAGAGCUGAAAUAUUCAAAUGGCUUUGCAUGAAAAUAUUCCUCCUUGCUUCUGCCUAAAUAUUUGAACUCUUGUUUGUGCCCCGGUAUUGUAGGUUUCCCAGUCAGAGGGGAAAAUACCCCUCAUGUCUUCUGUUUAGAAGUAAACCUUCAGCUAGUUCACUUCGCAACUCCGGACUAUUAGCCAAGUUACUCAAAACAGUGGUACAAAACAAAUCAUUUAAUUCAAAAUUAUUUUUUAUACGCAAAGCACUUUUUUAAGUAUUAUCGAGUACUGAAAAAUCAUAGAAUGAGAUUUACAUUUACAAAAAGACUCUCGAGUGCAAGGUACAAGUAGGUAAAUUGAUCCACUGUUAAAGAGUCCUGUGAGUACAAUGGACUCUUCAAUAAUGCCUGAAAUGUGACCGAUACUAAAUGGUCUACACCUCAUUUAAUUCUUUUAAUGGUAAUUAAAAAGAUAAAGCAGGCCAACAUCCUUGACUGCGUAACUAAUAUCUUUUGAGUAUGAAAUAUGUUAUAUAAGGUUAAAUCAGGUAUUCCCUGAAAAUUAAUCAUCCCUUGGAACUUGCGUUUUUCUCUUUAGUAGCAAAGUACUGAACGAGAAAUGUUCUCAAGCUCCUUCCUCAAUUAUUGACAGACCAUUCUGGACUGAAAUGUUGUUUUCCUAGAAUCUAGAAUAGAAGUAGUUGUACUUCAUGCUGACAUACCAUACCUAAACAAUAUUAAUAGCGUAUCUAAAUGUAAAUCAUGAGAUUUGAUCAUUUAUGCAAUUUUUAAUGGGCUUGGACUUAAAGUUUAUCAGAUUCUAUUUAUCAUUUUUAUUAUUGGGCACAACGUAUGUCUCUCCUGAAACUGAAGAAGUCUCAGUGGAAAAAUCUUACGGACUGUUGACUUGUCAGUUUGCCAUUGAAGUUUUAUGGAUCCAGUUUAUUCCAAGCUGGAUCCACGUGCAGCAGAAAUAUUUUUGCCAGUAUAUGAAGCUGAUUUCAGUCAGUGUAUUGUGUUUUUGCAAGCCCCCCCGCAGAGUAGAAGCAAUGCCCUCACAAUAUGAUUUUCUGGUGCUGUUGGACAGCAUUUAAAUUAAUUUACACAUUGUCAGGUUCCGCAAUAUAGCAUGAGAAAGGAGAUACGAGCUGUACAAAAUGAUUGGCAGAGGGAGAUAGCACUUGCGUCAGCAAUAUUAAACAAUUAGGUAAAAUCAGAUUAGGAGUUAAUGUAACAUUUAAAUUAGGUUUACAGUCAAUAAGCUACAAGUACACGACCACAUGGCAACAUAUGAUUGUGGCAAUAAUGAAAACCUGUCUCAAGAAAGAGCUGGGAACAAAACAUUCCUAGAUAAAAGAUGUUCAGGACAGAUAAAGAAGGAAAGGAGGGGUUGGCCAUUUGAUUAAGGGGACUUUGAUAUAGCGCUUGAGGGAGAGAUCAAAUACAAUUUAUUUGGUUGGAAGUAAGAAAGAAUAGAGGAACUAGUACACUACUUGGUGUGUUCCAUCGCCACCACCUUUAAACGGAAAGAUAGGAUUAAAUUUGCAAGGAAACUGGAGAGAGGUGCAGAGUGAUUCAGAUGGGAAGUUGAUAAUCCCAGUAUCUUUUAUGGUAAUUAUAAAGGGAGGGAAGAAUUCUUGAAGUGCAUUCUUGAUUAAAGUGUUUAUAACCCAACAGAGAUAAAGGCUUUUAUAAGGUUUAAGUAAACUACUAGAAGGGAUCAAGUGUAUUCUAAAGUAAAAAAUAAUUGGAGCAGGGCCAAUUUCAGUGGGGUGACAAUGCAUAAAUUGGUCAACUGGAAUCAAAAGUUGCAGGCAAACCUAACAGAACAAUUGACUUUGAAGAGAAGAUGUUUCUGUUACUUUGGCUCAAUCAAGGUACGUUCUCACAAGGGACAGAUUGUACAACUAACGCCAGACUGACUAGACGACAAAACAGCUGGAGGUUAAAAUGAAAUAGGAAAUGGGUAAAUCUGACAAAUGUAAGUUUGAUGGUACCGAUGACAACCAACUGAAUAUUGCAAGUUCAGAGAGAAAAUGUUAAAGAAAAUAAGACUAUAUCAGAAGGGACUGGAAGCUGCGUGAAAGGAAAAGCAAAAAUCUUCUAGAAACAUGAAAUAAUAAAGAGGGCAUAGGAGGAAGAAUUGACUUAACGACAGACCAGAAAUAGGUGAAAGAAAAAGUUAUGGUCCAGCUGAAUGGGUUAAAAUUGACAGAGGUGACAUUAAGAUAUCUAGCUGCAUUCACAUAGGAUUGCAUUAAAUAUACGGCAUAGAAACAAACAUUUAGCCCAACCAGCAUAUGCCAGUGUUUAGGGUGCACUCGAGUGUGUUUUUAUCUCUUUUCAUCUAAAUCUACCCCAUUUGACUUCCAAUUCCCGUCUUGUGUUUGUCCAGUUUCCCCUUAAAUGUAUCUAAACUAAUUCAAUUAAUUCCUGUGGUUGCGAAUCCCAGUACCAUUCUUUUGAAUAUGUUUCUUCUGAAUUUCUUGGUGAUUAUCUUAAAUUGAUGGUCUUAAGUUAUCUUUACCCCACAAGAGAAAACAUCACUGUAUACAUGUACUAAAACCUUGCACAACUUCAGUGAUAUCUGAGUCUUUAGUCGUUGUUUUAAAGGGAAAAGGAUUCUAGCCUGUCAAUCCAGAAAUGCACACUCACAUUUCUCUUAGUAUCCCUGAAAAUCUCAGUGCACUCUCCAGUUCGUUUAUAUCCUUUUUAUAAUAAUGUUUGUAAGAAAUCAGGACCAAACAGGAUCAUUGGAGGAUGUUGAAAGAAUGAAGAGUGACAUUUACAGAGAUAGUGGCCAUAAUUUUCCAAUUCACCUGAGAUAUGGUUGGGGACUGGGGGGAGCUAGAACACCACGUGACUUGAGAAUUUCACAUAUUAAGCCCAAGUUCAAAGAGUGUGCAAGCAUAGGUUUUCCAUGAGGUACUAGAAAGUACAUAUGGACUUCCAGAAGGUGUGUGAAGUAUCACGUAAUCGGUUUGGCAGCAAAGAAGCUAAUAAAUGGGCUGGUGGUAGCAUGAUAAGAAAUUGUGGAGCUGAAUAAACACAGCAGGGCCAGCAGCAUCUUAGGAGCACAAAA